GGGACACUUUUCCUCCAGACACCACUUCAUUCAAGCGACAUUCUUCAGCCCGACCUUUACACCCACCUCCACCUCCACCGCGCCUGUUACUCACGCCACCGCCGCUCACUGCACUUCCACCCUGGAAUACACUCCAUCCUCCUCCUGGCUGCCACUCCCCUGAAGACCGCAAGAUGCCUUGCUUCAAGGGCCUUGCGGUCAGCAUCCACACGCCCGAGGGCCCCAUAGCCGAGCACUCGAUUCAAAAGCAGCAGCGUCAAAGCCGCAUCUCUUCCUACAUUCCCGUUCCACCUGCAAAAGUCCCCACCAACUCGAUCUCUGGCAAACCCGAGCAGUCCUCCUUUGCCAUCUCAAUCACGCUACUCACACCCGGGCUUAAUGUGCCAUACUCUCAAGCAAAACCCACUCGAGAAGAGCCGAACCCGCAACCGCGCGUGGUCGGUGGACUUCCAGGAUCCACGAGCGAUCGCGGCAAAUACGCACCUGCAGUACAACCAUACGUGCCACGCACCAACAACCCCAAUGAGACAAUCGCUGCCUACAUCUACUUUGACGGACGCGCAAAAGAGGAGGUUGCUACAUUACUUCGACGUGGUGAAGAGACUUGGGUGAAUUCACGAUGGGUUAGUGUGCCGGAUUCUGAAGGCGGUGGGCUUGCAGAGCGCGAGUUCUUGUUCAGGGAAGUCGGUCUCGAGCGAUGGUUGAACGGAUUGGAUCUGCAGGGCAGCGGCAAAGAGAAGGCUGAGCGGAUAGAGAAGCGUCAAAGGCGGCUGGAGAAGAAGCGGCUAAAAGUGAAAAAGGAGGUCAACAGUGAUGGGGAGGAAGAGGAGCCGACUUACAAGCGGAGAGACAGGAACGGCAUUCUGCGCUACGGUGGAGAUGGCAGUUCUCCUGUUGAAGACAUUCCGCUUGACGAUGAUCUGUUCUCGGACGACUCGGAUUCAGACGAUGAACCUCCUGAAGCAGAAGCAGCCGGCCAGAUCAAGGUUGCACUAUUUCGUGUUCUUGCAAGUGGGGAGAUCAAGCGGGGAGAGUACUCACCACAGUUUGACGCACACGACGAUGAUGAAGGCGCUGAUCAGAACGGGAACGGCGAAGGCGGAGGUGCUGACAUCGACCAUACGACGAGCUUCGCCAAGCCAAAAACGCUCGAUCCAAAGUCGAUCAGCACGCAAACGGUGACUGGCCUCGAUCCGCCGGAGUCACCUUACGCAGUGUUCACAUUCUUCUAUCGUGGAGAGAAGCAGCUUCAGAAGAUGGGCAUCGUCUCGAAUCCGAAGCCGAUCAAGGAGGAAUCAGCUCGGCGGAAGUCCACAGCGAUGGACUACUCCAAGCUCGGUCCGCUGAAGUCGGAAGGGACCGUGGGCUAUUCUGGAUGGAGAGAAACGCCUAGUAAGCGUAAAUCGAAGAACAAGGACGACGAUGCGAUGGAUAGCGAUGCCGACGACGAGGAUGAGGGCCACGCCAUCAAAGGGAUUGAGGACGCAGAUACGGAUGCCAAGCCAGUGAAUGGUGGACUCUUGUCUCCGGAAGAUGCGAAGCGUCAAGGCGAGCUGACGGAGGGUGUAUCGAAAAUCAAGCUCAAACGCCAACACUCAUCCGAACCUGUCUCUGACCCGAAUCCCGCCCGCAAAUCUCCCCACCUCAGCACUUCCGAGUUUGCGUCCGACAACACGACCAGUUCGGCGACCUCUACCGCUGCCAACGCUGGCACUCCACCCGACCACCUUUCGCCUUUCACAUCCGACCCUCUCGACGCAGCUGGAGUCGCCAGUCCUUACAAGCGUCAACGGGCGAGUGUGCCCGGACUUCCGAGUGGCAUCUUCGGCCAUGGACCUGAUAGUCUUUCCGCCACAGCUAUGGCGAAUGCCGGCAAGGCUGAGGGUUCACUCAGGGCAAACUCGACGCCAGAAGUCAAGAUUGAUGCUGCGCCAAUUCUCGGGCUGCCUCAAGUUGAAGAUGGAGAUGAGGAGCUUUGAUCGAUUGAGACGCGAUCGUCGGUACACCCAUUUCGAACCAUGGCAAAUGCGAGACCACGAGCUUCAUCGCUGCAACAAGAACAGUGCACUCUUCGCCCG